UUAUGCUAAUUCCAAUUAUACCCCCCUAACAAAAAUAUCCAACGGCAACAUAUUAAACAGAGUAGGGUUUCACAAUCGGACGGCCAAAAUUACACUCACCCCCAAAAAUCAAACAAACAUAUAAAACCACCUAAAACCCUAACCGUCUUCUUCCUCUUUCCCUCCUCCCGCAAAAAACCAGAGAGAGGAACUUCAACGCCAUAAACCCAGCAAACUCUCUCUUCAUCAUCUUUACCAGGAGGAGAAUCUCUCGAACCCUAGUUUUAUCUAUCUUGAAACUAAAUGCCUUCAAUCUCCAUGAUGUCCGAUGCUAUCACACCAGAAACCCUAAAAAAGGAGAAGAAGAUGAAGUCUGAAACCCUAGAUUCCGACGACACCGUCGUCAAGAAGGAAAAGAGCAGCAGCAAGAAGAAGGAGAAGAGUAGUAGUAGCGGUAAAAAGGAUAAAGAAGAGAAGGAAAAGAAGAAGAAGCGUAAAGCUGUUGAUUUGGAUGAUUCUUCUGAUAAGAGUGAUAACAGCUCUGAAUUGGUUCAGGCUGAUGAUUUGAAGCCGAAAAAGGCUAAAGUUAUGGAAGAGGCUGUUGUUGAAGCUGAGGACCCUAAUUCGCUUUCGAAUUUUCGGAUUUCGAAGCCGUUGAAGGAUGUUUUGAUUUCGAAAGGGAUUAAGGCGUUGUUUCCUAUUCAAGCUAUGACGUUUGAUAAUGUUAUUGAUGGUUGUGAUUUGGUUGGCCGUGCUCGUACUGGUCAGGGAAAAACACUUGCUUUUGUGUUACCAAUAGUAGAGUCUCUAGUUAAUGGGCGCACCAAAGAUUUAAGGAGAAGUGGCCAUGGAAGGUUACCGAGUGUCCUGGUUCUUCUGCCCACCAGGGAAUUGGCAACUCAGGUGUUGGCUGAUUUCCAAGUUUAUGGAGGUGCAGUAGGACUUACUGCUUGUAGUGUUUACGGGGGAGCGCCCUUCCAUUCUCAGAUAAGUAGCUUAACCAGAGGUGUUGAUAUUGUUGUUGGAACACCUGGCAGAGUGAAGGAUCUCUUAGAGAAGGGUGUUCUUAAACUCGGUUCACUUCUAUUCCGAGUCCUUGACGAGGCUGAUGAGAUGUUGAAAAUGGGUUUUGUUGAUGAUGUUGAAUUGAUCCUAGGAAAAGUUGACGAUGUUAGCAAAGUCCAGACUCUUCUCUUCAGUGCUACCUUGCCCUCCUGGGUCAAGCAGAUAUCUACAAGGUUUCUCAAGUCUGCGAAGAAAACCGUAGAUCUUGUAAGUGAUCAGAAAAUGAAGGCCAGUAUAAGUGUUAGGCACAUUGUCAUACCAUGUUCUGCCUCUGCAAGGCCUGAUCUCAUUCCAGAUAUCAUUCGUUGUUAUGGCAGUGGAGGCCGUUCAAUUAUUUUUACCGAGACUAAAGAAUCUGCCUCUCAACUUGCUGGGCUAUUGACUGGAGCGCGGCCUUUGCAUGGAGAUAUUCAACAAACACAACGAGAGGUAACCCUCAAAGGAUUUAGAACUGGAAAAUUUAUGACCUUGGUUGCAACAAAUGUAGCAGCAAGAGGUCUGGAUAUUAAUGAUGUGCAGCUAAUCAUCCAAUGCGAACCUCCCCGCGAUGUUGAAGACUACAUCCAUCGUUCAGGACGAACGGGCAGGGCUGGAAACACGGGAGUUGCUGUUAUGCUUUAUGAUCCAAAGAGGUCUAGUGUCACUAAAAUAGAAAGAGAAUCUGGUGUGAAGUUUGAGCAUUUAUCUGCCCCCCAACCCGUUGAUGUUGCCAAAGCUGUUGGUAUUGAAGCAGCAGCUGCCAUCCUCCAAAUUUCUGAUAGUGUGAUUCCCGCUUUCAAGGAUGCUGCUGAAGAGCUUUUGAGUACAUCUGGUCUAUCAGCCGUGGAUAUACUCUCAAAAGCCCUUGCCAAGGCCGCUGGUUACUCGGAUAUAAAGGAAAGAUCACUUCUAACCGGCAUGGAGGGUUAUGUAACUCUACUCCUUGAUGCAGGAAGACCAUUUUAUGGACAAUCUUUUGCCUACACUGUAUUGAAGAGGUUCUUGCCCGCAACAAAAGCUGAUUCAAUCAUGGGGGUUGCACUAACCGCUGACAAGAGUGGUGCCGUUUUCGACGUUCCAGUUGACGAUUUGGAAACUUUCCUUGUUGGCGCAGAAAAUGCUGCAGGGGUGAACUUGGAUGUAGUUAAAGCCUUGCCUCCAUUAGAAGAGAAAGUACAAAUAAGCAGAAGAUUUGGCGGUGGUGGAAGAGGCGGCCGUGGUGGCGGAUAUGGAGGACGUGGUGGUGGAUAUGGUGGUGGAGGAUAUGGUGGUGGAGGAGGAUAUGGAGGACGUGGUGGUGGAUAUGGUCGUCGUUAAUGCCAUCUGUGUUUCGUGCACAAGGUGCAAACAAUUUUGAUGACGUCACAUCUGUUUGUAUUUUUUUAAUCCUUUUUUUUUGUUACUUUUGGGGUGAUAAAAUACAUGCGAUUAAGCAAGGGGGAGUGUUUAGUUGUAAGUUUAGCCUGAUUAAUUAGGGAGGACCCUGGUUAAUUUAUUCAUUUACAAGGAACAAUUUUACAGUAAUUGCAAGUGUAAUAGUAUGAUCUAAAGAUUUAUGUAAUAUUUGGUUACACUUGUUUCUUCAAA